AUGAGAUUAGCCACGAAAAGAUCACGGGGUUCGUUAAUUAUUAGUAUGAAGUCAAUACUUGACUCUAAAGAUCUCAUACAACUUCGUCCACUGCACUUUAAACGUUUAGUGAGUGUUGUUAAUACUCCGCUUCCUAAACUUGACCUGAGUCCCGUUAACUUGGUGUUGAUUUCUACACUGGAUGGCAACCUGCACGGUGUCGACCGGUAUACCGGCCAAGUGUUGUGGAGUUUGGAAGGUGCUACUGACGGUUCUUUGAUCAGGACCUUUACGCGACCCUCCACCAAACAACCAAAUUCAACCAAAGACAGUGAUCCCAACGGCGAUACCAUUAUCGACGUCGAUCAA